UAAGAUACAUAUUCUGCAUCAAUAACGUAAAAUAGGAACAUAACAGUGUAGAAAAAUUUUAUAUUUCCAAAUAUUAGAAGAUGAAACAGCUACAUAUUGAUUGACAUUUGUGAUUAUAAAGUUAUAGUGAAUUCUAUUAAAUAUACUUACUAUUUCGAAACGCAAAAAGUGAUCGAAAUAUUGUGUAAGAAUUAAAAUUGUAAAAUCGUUGCCAAGUUUACAAGUUUAUUCAUUUAGUGGAAAAUUUUGUCUUGUUAUUUAUAAUUUAUUUGUGAAACAAAUAGAUAAAAAAUGGUAGUGCUUAGUAAUUUUCUUGCACCACAAGAAGGAAUACGUCAUGAAGAGCAAAAUACUACCGUGUACAUUAAUGAUAGAGAAGUAGGAAAGGGAACUCUGUAUAUUACAGAAAGCUUACUUUCUUGGGUGAAUUAUGAUACACAACAAGGAUUUUCACUAGAAUAUCCUCAUAUAUCAUUACAUGCCAUAUCACGAGAUGAACAAGUACAUCCAAGACAAUGUUUAUAUAUUAUGGUUGAUGCAAAAGUUGAUCUUCCAGAUGUAUCAUUAUCACCAGCUUCUGAUAGUGGUUCAGAAAAUGAAUUUGAAGAUGCGGAUACACCUAUUACGGAAAUGCGGUUUGCUCCUGACAACACAAAUAAUUUAGAGGCAAUGUUUCAAGCAAUGAAUCAAUGCCAAGCACUUCAUCCUGAUCCACAAGAUAGUUUCUCUGAUGCUGAAGAAGAUAUUUAUGAAGAUGCAGAGGAAGAUGAUUUUGAACAUUAUGAUGUUGGUGCUGGUGAUGCUCCCUACAUUUUACCAACAGAACAAAUAGGUACCAAUCAUAAUGGAACAGAAGCAGAUGAUGCUAUGGAUAUAGAAGCAGGUCAGUUUGAGGAUGCAGAAGAAGAUCUAUAAAGUAUGGAGAUAAUAUAAUGCAAGCACGCAUUUAGUAUUAAUUUAUAAUUACCAGUAUCAUAUACCAUGGUAGAUAUGUGAUAUUAUGGCAGACUGUAUAAGAGAGCAGUAUCAAACAUAAAAACAGCUAACAUUUAUUUAUAUUCAUUUUGUACACGGUAAUAAUUUCUUAGAUAAAAAUAAAUAAUUGUAUAUCAAAUUUAACUCCUUAUUUGUAUGUAUAUUUGUAUUUGUUUUUUAGAAAAUUAUUAAUUUUUUACAUUUAUUUAUACAAUAAAAAUGAAACUUAAUAUAACAAAAUUCUUUGAAAAUAUCUGCAUACGCGCGUGCGAAAGAAAAAUAUACUAAUAUUUAUGAAAACUUAUCCAUUUUAAAGUAACACAAUUUCGUGAUUAAUUUUAAAUGUAUAUAUAUUGUAUCUUUUUUAUUGUUAAUAAAUGU